UUUUUCAGAACUGCUCUGUCUUCGGAAGUUGAGCGAGAGCUCUCAGGUGCUUUUGAUAUCUCUAGCAUAUCUACGGAGGCAAGAGAAUGGCUCGAGGAAAGAAUUGCUGAACAGGUUCUCGAGAGGGUGAAGAAGUUGGAGGAAGCCAUGACAGAAAGUCAGAAAAGAGCACGAGCGGAGGUGGAGUCUCGAUUAAGAGCACAAAUACUCGGCGAAAUGGAAGAGGAAAUGGCUUCCAUACGCAAACGAGAAGAGGCCUCUAAAGCAAAGUGUGCUGCUCUCGAGAAGGAACUUGAAGAGAAAGUUCGACAAGCUGAUGAGAGUGAAAAAAGGUUCAACGAGGAGCGCCUGGCAAUGCUCGCUGAGAGAAGUGCGUUGGAACGUGAAAGGCAGGAAGUUCUCCGAGAAAAGAGUGCGCUACAGCAAAAGGAGCAACUCGCUAUCAUCAAUAAGGGUGGAGCCGUUCGACCUCCGAUCAAGUUUUCGUUCGGGAAAUAA